CCUUAUCGUUUUAGUACAACCAGAAUUACCUGUAUCAGAUUCGGAUGAAAAAAUCAAUUGGAAACAUAUUCAAAGUCUCAUUAUGAAUGCUGAAUUAAAGCAAGCUCUUUUGGAACUCAAGCAACAAGAUCGUGAUGAUGAAUAUAGUUCACUAGUAAAUCUACUCUCCAAAAUACCAAAACUUCCCAAUAGUUAUUCUAUAUACAGUAAACAAUCAGGAUGGACAGUUCUCUGGAAAGAGUGGCACGCAGAAGUGGAACUUGUGUGGAAAGAAUAUGAAAGGACCGGAUUGUUCGACGAGGACUCAUAUGAUUCGAAUGGACUUCAUAUUACGAUUCAACUUCUUAUGGGUGAUCAAGACACAAUUAUGGGCCAGGAUGAUUUUUAUAAACGAAUGUUGGCAAACUUGAUAUAUACGGAUCCCAUGGAACAUCAAUUUGAUAUGGCAUAUAUAGCAACACAUUCUUUUGAUGAUCAUAUGGAUAAUUCAAUUGAACAUAUUUUGGUUUAUUAUUUACUCACUCGUCGAUACCAUGAACUAUUAGGCGCGAUGGAUGAUUAUCUCUGGUUACAAACACAUUUUGGUCAUAUCUUAUUUGCGGCUGGCUAUCUUACAUCAGGUCAAGACGAGCAAUUACAAAAAUCUUUAGUGACAAAAACAAUCGUAUCAGAACAAAUCACUGAACCAAUCCAUUAUUUGAUCAAAUUAUAUGCAAGUACUAUAGCUCAGGAAUAUGGUAUGUGGAUAGAGGCAAUGCAAUGUCUUUUGUCUUGUCAACCUAAUACCGAAGUUUGGAUUCAAAAGUUACUUGGUGAUCCUCCAUUGGCUUCCGAAAACAUUAAUUGCCUGAUAAAUGCAUUAGAUUUUAGUAUUACACAUCAUUUGAUUAAAGUUGAAAUAGUAUUACAUUCGGCCAUUGCAACGCGGUAUGAAUCCAAUCAAGAUUUUGUCCUUGCUGCUACUCAUUAUGCUGAUGGUAACAAUAUCCAAGCUCUAGAUACCUUGGCAGCAAAACAUUUGGAAUAUUAUUUGGGAAAUGGAACUCUACGGCCUGUGGUGACUGAUUCAAAGUAUAUAAAAUUAGUGGAUCAGAGUGGUCCUUAUUCAUUCUACCGUCGAUAUGUUCAAGUACGAGCGAAUAUCAAAGAGGGUCAACUUGAUGAUGCUUAUCGAACAAUCAUGACAUUACUGCAUAGUUUGGAAAAUGCAUCUUCCAAAUACCGUGUUGUAUUACUUGUUGAUAUAUUUGAUAUUAUUCGAGAUUAUCGACGUGUAAACAAACAAGAAGCUCAAGAACUAUUGUCACAACUAGAAGUUGCCACCAAGGAACCUACCGAAAAGGCAUUCUUUGCAGUGUAUUACAAACAAUCCCACUCUGAUACGAUCAUUGCUAGGUUACGAGAACGAUUAGGAUUUAGCCUUGCUGCGGAUGCUCUAUCACUUUAGAUAUAGUGCUUUUAUUUGCUGUUGUGUUUUAUCUCUAAUAAAAGAAACGUUGAUUUUAUAUCAUAAAAUAGA